AUGUGGAAGUGCCUGCAUCUACCAUUUAAACAUGAGUGGGCCACAAAACAGCCCGGCGUCGCUAACUUAGUUACCAAAGGUCGGCCCGACUUAUGCCAUACUUCAAGGCAACAGAGUCUAUUAGGGGCGCCAUUCAGGAAGAGAAGCAAAUUUCAGAACUGGGCUUUAUCUACAGCUUUUGUAAGUUUUGUUAUAUUUAAUGUAUGGUGGGUUUAUUGGCCACAUCACACUUUUCCCAAGCCUGUGGCUAAAAUAUUGAGGAAGGGGUUACACUCAGAAAUAAAGAAAGAAGGUGCGGAUUUCGAAAAAAGUCUUCAGUACUACCUUGAAGCUCUGGAAGAAUGCAAAGCUGGAAAGAUGGAUUCUCUCUCGGACGAAUAUACUGGUAUUGAAAUCAAAAUCGGGGAAAUGUACGAGAAGUUGAAUCUACUUGAUGAUGCAACAACUUUGUAUUUAGGAAUGUUGAAAAGAUUCUACCAUCUACUGAGCAAACCUACUGAUUUCUCGACUGAAAAAAGAUUCAUGUUACUAAAAAGGGAUCUCCAAAUCUUGAUAAGAUUCAUUGAAAUAAAUAAAGACUCUCAAACAAAUAUAACUUUACUGACAAUUCAUCUUCUUUUGGCUCAACAAGAAUUUUUGAAUAACUCACCGGAGAUAAGAGCGAUUCUUAGUGAACCAAAAAUUCAAGACAAUCAACAACCUGACUGGAAAAACUUUAAAGGACUUUCGUUAAUUGGCAAAUCUAGAGCUGACUAUCAAAAAUACUUAAGCUUAAAAAAAAAACAGGUUUUAAAGAUAAGGGAACCUGAAGACGAACAAAACGUCUUUGUGAAAGAGCUUUUAACUGCAAGAGAGCUAUACACCCAAUACUGUCUCACGAAGAAUAAUAUUACCGGGGCUUUGAAUAGCAAAAUAACAACAAUGGAAUGGAUGCUACUAACUAAUAGUCCCCUUGAUCAAGUCUUGCUCGCUCAGGCAGAGCUCGGGUCCAUCUUUUAUCUGAAUUCGGAGAAGUUCGAAGGAAGUUUAUAUAGUAUGGACAAAGAAUACCACGAAAAACCAGAAAAUCUAGAAUUUAUCCGGUCCAAGUUGAAGGACAAUCAAAAUGCUUGCCUACAAUAUUCCGCUGAUUGCUAUAAAAGCAUCAUCAGUUUUGCUCAUGAAAAUCAAUAUCCAAAAAGCGCGACAAAUAGUGAAAUGGAUAAGGGAAUACUUAAAGCAUUGUCCCUUUCUCAUUAUGGUGUUGGUGUAAUAAAUUUGCAUAAGGGACGUUUAAAGACCUCCAAAGUCCAACUAAAAACGGCCAUUCGCAUUUCAGAGAUGAUACAUUUUAAUGAACUCAUUAAGGAAGCUAAUUCCGAACUUAAGAAAAUUGACGAUAAACUAGUGUAA